AUGCACCGUAAUUCUUUUGCUCCACCACCUGCUCAGUCUCCUCCCCUACAUCACCCAGUACCCCAGCAUGUUUCUACGGUCCCGAUGAUGAGAUCUCCACCCCCUCCGACCUCCCAACACUCGCAUUCAUCCAGCUAUGGCAACCCGUACCAGCCCGCCCCGGCACAAGGCGGCAGUGGUACUUUUGCGCCUGGCUUUGGCGGGUUCAUUUCUGAUCCGACAGCGCAAAUGGGCUUUCAAGUGGGCAAGAGUGCGGUCAUGGCAGGACAGGAAUAUAUGGAACAGAAUCUAAAUCGCUACGUCUCGAUUCCCGCUUUAAAACAUUACUUCAACGUUUCGAAUUCAUACGUACUCAAUAAGAUCACACUUGUUCUUUUUCCGUGGCGGCACAAACCGUGGUCCCGCCAACAAGCACGAUUGAAUGCUGUCCAGUCAGGGGUUAAUGGCCAGAUCACGCAAACACAGUACACAUCAAUAUAUCUUCCUCCCCGGGAUGAUCUAAACUCACCAGAUAUGUACAUACCUGCCAUGGCAUUUUUGACGUACAUUAUCUUGUCAACAGCCCUGGCAGGUCUGCGAGGCGUCUUCCACCCCGAACUUCUAGGGUCCAUCACCACAACCGCCCUCGCAGUUGUCAUAUUUGAAAUCCUCUGUCUGAAGAUUGCAAUGUACAUUCUCAGCAUCAACAAUGACUCACAGCUCCUCGACCUGGUCGCCUACUCCGGCUAUAAGUUUGUCGGCAUCAUCGUGACGCUUGUCUUGUCAGAAGUUCUUACCCCGGGACAGGGAACUGGUAGCUGGGUUGGAUGGACUGUCUUUACGUAUACUUUCCUUGCUAACGCUUUCUUUCUCCUCCGAUCCCUGAAAUACGUUCUUCUUCCGGAUUAUUCUAGCGAUUCCCCAAUGCGCGGAGGAACUAUGCCCACAGUUGCACGUUCACAGCGCAACAGACGCACGCAGUUCUUAUUUAUCUACUCGUACAUUGUCCAAUUUAUCUUCAUGUGGGUUUUGAGCCGGGAAGAUCCCGUUGCAUCAGCUGUAGUAUCCAAAGUUGGAGGAGCUAGCACUUCUUCAUAG